CUAGGCAUGCAGACUGCUUCUACAAACAUUGGUGAAAGAAUGGGUCGCUCUCAGGAGCUCAGUGACUCCAAGCGUGGUCCCGUGAUAGGUUGUCACCUGUGCAAUAAGUCCAUCCGUGACAUUUCCUGGCUACUAAAUAUUCCACGCUCAACUGUUAGUGGGAUUAUAACAAAGUGGAAGCAACUGGAAACAGUGGUAGGCCACCACACCACCACUGGACUCUAGAGCAGGGGAGACGUGUUCUCUGGAGUGACCAAUCACGCUUCUCUAUCUGGAAAUCUGAUGGACGUGUCUGAAUUUGGUGGUUGCCAGGAGAACAGUUCCUGCCUGACUGCAUCGUGCCAAGUGUAA